AAUUGAUUGUUUAUUAUUCAACAGUUGAGGUUAACUUUUUAAUUAAAGUCUAUCUAAUUAACCUUUGAUUGUCAUUAAUUGUGAUUAAUUUGUAAUUAAGUUAAAGCUUAUUGGAAUCUGUGUUACCUUGGAAAAAGCUUCUUUCGCUUUGUUUUCCAAAUACAAUCUGGUCAAUUGUUCCUCCCUUUUUUCUUGUCUCUCAUUUUUAAAUUUUUCUCAUUCUCUUCAAGAACAUUGCUUUUGAUUUCUCCAUCUUUCCAUGUUUCAUUGAUUUAAUUGUUCAUCUUGCAAUUAUUAUUUCUCCCUGUUUUAGCUAAGUUUAGCUAGAUUUUCGAUUGAAGCUGAUUUUUACUUGUAAUUUGUUUAAUCUGUUUCAGUGGUGGUGGUGAAUCAUUUCUUCUAAAUAAAUAGAAUAUCUAUUUACACUUUAAAUAGAAACACAUGAUGGCCAAAUUGGGUGAAGAUAUUAUUGAUUCUUUGGAGCUGUUAAGAUAUCCUCAAGUAGAAUCUCUUCUUACCAAUGGUUCUCCAAGAAGUCUUUCUAUAAUCGAAUUUUCUGCAAUAAUUAACUGGCUUUCCGAUGAGCUUAAUGAUAUGUUACGCCAUGAUUAUAUUGUCAAUAUAUUGACCAGUGAAAGUGAAUUAGAUGCCUUCAAGAUUGAAUUGAAUUCUCUUCUUCGUCAACUUCAAUCUCCACUUAUUGGUUGUGAUUUAACUAUCGAAUCAAAUAGAUUGGCCAUAAUUAUCUGUCUCUGUGGUGAACUUAUGGCUGCUCGGAUUCUCUAUGUUAAUAAACCUGCUGACGGAGGGAUGAAGAUCGAUAUGUUUGAAAGUGAUACAGCAAAAGAAUUAAAAUCAUCCAUGAUUAUUCUUGGUAUUGGUAAACCACCAGCUAAUGUUCAAUCGUCACAAUUAUUUUCUAAAAUGCAGGAUAAAAUUAACGAAAAGUUAAAAAAAUCAACCAUUGCCCAAGAAGAGCCAUUGCUAUUGAAACCUGGUACUCAAUUGGUUCCAAAAGAAUGGAAAACUCUUGAUAAAAUUAAUUCUUCUCUAUUUGAUGAUUAUCAUGUUCGCCGUAAAACUUUAAUCACUCGGUGUGAUUGUACAAUUGGCUCUUUCAAAUGGAAGGAAGGAGAUCAAAAUGCCGAUAAAAAUUUAAGUGAAAAGAUUGAUGCCUCUUAUGGUAAAUUGAGAACCAUGUUGGACCCUAAACCAACCGUUAGUUUGGCUCAUGGUUUAGCUGCUCGUAAAAGCGGAUGUUUUGACCUUCUCAAUUCGGUGGUCAGUAAAUCUCACCAAAUCUGUGAUAUAGAAACGCCAAAGACCAAAGGAAUGGCCAAUGUUGGUAAACAACAGAGAAUUUCUUUACAAAAAUUCUUAAUUGGUAAUGUUCCUGAUAGAGGAGGUCGACCCAAAGAACAGCCUCCACCAGCUCAAGAAACUUUCCAACAGCAGCAAAAUCAACGGCAACAACCUCGAGGCGGUGGAAAUCAACGUGGAGGAAGUGGUGGUGGUUAUCAACAACGAAAUCAACAAUCUCAUAGUGACUCUGGUGGACAAUUUCAACAGAGAAAUCAAUCUCAUGGAGAUUCGGGAGUACAGUACCAACAAAGGAAUCAUCAGCCUCAUGAUGAUGGAAGAGGACAGUAUAGCCAAAGAGAUCAUGGUGAUCAACCAUAUCACCAACAGCAAUCUCGCCAAUAUUAUGGUGAUAAAAGUUACCAUUCAUCAAAUCAACCAAGAGGCCAAUAUCAAGAUAAUUAUCAACAAUCUAAUUACCAACCACAUCAUAAUUAUGAUAAUCAUCGUGGAGGUCACAGGGGCGGCGGGGGUGGUAGAGGAGGCGGAGGACGGGGAGGUUAUCAAGAUUAUGGUCGAGGAGGUGGACGAGUUCAAGGUGCUGGUUGGAAUCAAGGAUAUCAAAGAUAUUGAGAACUGUUGAGUUCUUUGAGCGAAAACAAUAGUGAUAACUGGAUUAAAUUAAAUCUUUACAAUAAUCACCCGUUUAUAAAUCUCAAGCAACGUCAUUACUUUUGUUUGAGAAAGUUUUGACAACCACUAAUCAAAUAGAAGCAAAACUUUUCAAAACAAACGAUCAAUUUUAAUAACGUUGACUGAUUUAUUAAUAAUUAGUAAAUGCUGUUUGCAAUAAGAA